GCCUCUCGCCGCGGCGCCUCUCGGGAUCCCACCGAUGUUUGCGCAGACCCGGCUGCCCACCCUCCUCCCCCGGCUCUGCGCACUCGCUCCCAGCCUCGCCAUGAGCAGCGCCACCGGCACCGUCACCAUCCAGCAGCCCCUCAACUACCGGGCGGGCGCCCGCGUCCAGCCCGCCGACGGCGGCCAGGUGGAGGAGGUGUAUGAGCCGGCCACAGGUCGUGUGCUAUGCAAGCUGCCCUGCUCUGGUGAGAAGGAAGUUGAUCUGGCUGUGCAGAGUGCAAAGGCUGCCUUUAAAAUAUGGAGUCAGAUGUCUGGCAUGGAACGAUGCAGGGUGAUGCUGGAGGCUGCCAGAAUUAUCCGGGAGCAGAGAGAAGAAAUUGCCACCAUGGAAACCAUCAACAAUGGCAAAUCCAUCUUUGAAGCCAGAGUGGACAUCGACAUAUCCUGGCAGUGCCUGGAGUAUUACGCAGGGCUGGCAGGAUCUCUGGCUGGUGAACACAUCCAGCUUCCUGGGGGAUGCUUUGGGUACACUCGGAGAGAACCACUCGGGGUGUGUGUUGGGAUUGGAGCCUGGAAUUACCCUUUCCAGAUUGCCUGCUGGAAGGCUGGCCCGGCCUUGGCUUGCGGCAAUGCAAUGGUCUUCAAGCCUUCUCCCUUCACCCCUGUUUCUGUGGUGAGGUUGGCAGAGAUCUUCACAGAGGCCGGGGUGCCCAAGGGGCUCUUCAAUGUGGUGCAGGGUGGGGCAGCCACAGGCCAGUUCCUCUGUCAUCACCCAGAUGUGGCUAAAAUCUCCUUCACUGGCAGCGUGCCAACUGGCAUGAAGAUCAUGGAGAUGGCAGCUAAAGGGAUCAAGCCAGUCACCCUGGAGCUGGGGGGCAAAUCCCCCCUUAUCAUUUUUUCAGACUGUUCCCUGGAGAAUGCUGUGAAUGGAGCCCUCAUGGCCAACUUCCUUACACAGGGCGAGGUGUGCUGCAACGGCACGCGGGUGUUUGUGGAGAGGAAGAUCCUGGAUACCUUCACAAAGGAGGUGGUGAAACGCACCCAGAAAAUCAAAAUCGGAGACCCACUUCUGGAAGACACACGGAUGGGAGCCCUCAUCAACCGGCCCCAUCUGAAUCGUGUCCAGGGCUUUAUCAAGCAGGCCAAGGAGCAGGGGGCUGAGGUGCUGUGUGGUGGGGACCUGUACGUGCCAGAUGAUCCAAAGCUGAAGAAUGGCUACUACAUGCGACCCUGUGUGUUAGGGAACUGCAAGGAUGACAUGACAUGUGUGAAGGAAGAGAUCUUUGGGCCCGUCAUGUCCAUCCUGCCAUUUGACACGGAGGAGGAGGUUUUGGAGAGAGCCAAUGCCACCAAAUAUGGCCUGGCAGGUGGUGUCUUCACCAGGGAUAUCCAGAAGGCUCACAGGGUAGUGGCGGCUCUCAAGGCUGGGAUGUGCUUCAUCAACAACUACAAUGCCAGCCCUGUGGAGCUGCCUUUUGGAGGAUACAAGUCAUCAGGAUUUGGGAGGGAGAAUGGACGGGCAGCCAUCGAGUACUACUCGCAGCUGAAGACUGUCUGUGUGGAGAUGGGUGAUGUGGAAUCGGUGUUUUAGGGGCUCUGGGUCCUGCUCAGAGGAGCAUCAGCCAGCUCCUGCCUGUCAGCCAGGGAUGUAGAUCGUGUACCCAGCAAUGAAGUACUCUAAAAUUGUCAGUGCCUGGGGGGAACAGUGCUGGAGCAGCAUUUAGCCACCCUGCUCCUGCAAGGGGGAAGGUACACACAGGGCUCAGUCUGGGGGCUUGCUGUGUCCUGCCUGGUGGACAAUGGGAACCUUGGGGCAGGAGGCACCAAUAUGGCUUUUAGCAGCAGCUCUUGGAGCUGUGUGAUGUUAUUAGAAGCUUAUCAGUGACCAAGGCCUGGCCCAGGCUGCUUCCUGUGCCGUGUGCCUUGGUUUCCAUUGCCUUCUACCCUCAGUCAACUUCAGUUUUGGCUUCUUAACAGGUUGAUAAUACUCUAUGCACAUAUAAGCUCUUGGACAAAUUGAUAUCCUGGAGCUAUAGGCUCUGUCUGUUGUCUGACUACAUGAAAGCCUUAGGGUAGGACUGUUUAUUCCCUCUAGCUCCCUUGUAACCACAAGUUUUGUUUUUUCUAUCUGUACCUUACUUACAAGUGGGACAAAAUAUUGUGGGAAGGGUUGGCUGAUGCUGCCUGGGACAGGCAUGUCCCUGAGAAUCACCUCCACACAAGAAUGGUAGCAAGCUCCAGCAUAGGAUAAUGAAAGCUAUUUUACUUUCUCCCUGUAAACUUACUGUUCUUUAUACACGUGAUGAAGCAACAACUUUAAAUGUUUGCCUAUGUCUUUUUUUAACAAUCAAAUAAAUACUAAUCUGGAACAUCUUA